GUGGCGAAAGGUUGAUUUGUAUACAUUCUGCGUACAUUUGUAUUUACACGAGUAACACAUUGACCGUCUCUACUGAAGCGAAUCAACAAAAUAUGGUACUGGUAGUAGUGUAGUGUUGUCGUCGUACCAUAUAAUACUGGUAUUAUACUAUAGAGUAAUAAAGGGAAAAGGAAUAAACUAAACGCUGUGUAUGCUGUUGGAUCCCAGGACUAAAAACCCAAGUGACGGUUUCAGUUUUUACGUGGUGCUAGCGGAGAAUUAUAACCAGAAUGACGGACCGAAACACAUCGAGUAAAUCGUUUAAACAGAGGAAGAGUUUUGCUGCAAGGAAAGAUGAAGUUGCCGGUAUCAGAGCGAAGUUUCCCAACAAAAUUCCAGUUAUUGUAGAGCGAUACUACAAAGAGACCAAUUUACCCCUUCUAGACAAGACCAAAUUCCUGGUGCCUCAAGAGCUGACCAUGAGCCAAUUUGUAACAAUCAUAAGAAAUCGUAUGCAACUGAACGCCACGCAAGCCUUCUAUCUCAUCGUGAACAACAAGAGUCUGGCCAGUAUGUCCAUCACAUUAUCUGAGAUCUACCGGGACGAGAAAGACGAGGACGGCUUCCUAUAUAUGGUCUACGCAUCUCAAGAGAUGUUUGGUUGAUAACACUUCAAGAUUUAUAGCACAUCAAGAGACUACUAUAGGAGGAUCGAGCAACUUCACAAAGAUGUAUAUUUUUUUUUGCAGAAUAUCAUACGAAAAAGUAACGUGUAUAUAAUAAUAAUGAUGAAAAAUGAGUGGGUUUAGACAAUUUGCUUUGACGAAUUCAUCUUUCUUCAAAAACUUUAUUAAUUUUAUGUGUUUGUUUUCUUUGGAAUGGUACGAUUUCAAAGAGUGUCUUGAGUGGCGUGUUGGGAAUUUAUUUAUCAAGUCAUAUUUCUGCCCAAAGCUACAGAACUCUCAAAUGUAAUCUCUUAAGUGAAUGAAAUUUAUAUCUCCUGAUACUUUUAGCUGUGUGUGUGUCCAGAGAUUGUGUGGUUCACGGCUACUUCAUACUGAAAUAUUUGUGUCAGUAACUAAUUCAUUUGAAAGCAAGAGAGCAUUGGCUAAUGCAGACUAAAAGCCAGUAUUAAUGAAAUGCUGUUGAGCACUCUAAUUCAAGAGUUCCAUGUUCUUAUGUUAUCUAUCUGUACAGUCAAUGUCUUCACAAGUUCACUUCUGUUUUAUUUAAUAACAAUUAAGGUAACAGUACAGUGUUCAAGUUGAACACAGUUCAAAAUAAAACAAUAAAAAUUCAGUAUGGAAGUUUGAAACCCAUCGAUGUGCUUUUUAUUUUGCAUCCUAUCAGAAAUUGUUAAAACUGCCAUUAAAAAAACCCAUUUUGAAUGCUCAGCCAAGCAUGAUCAUUUUGUAUUCAAGAAAUAACUUGUUCUGCAUGAACGGUAUUGUUCUGGCAACCUAAAUGUUUAGGUGCGAUAGCAUUAUUACUCACUGAGCCAUUCCACUAAUUAGGAUGAAGCUCAUACCAUAAACAAAUGACUCUGGUCUGGUAACAAGUGCAGAAAUAUUUUUCCCAUCCCCCUAAACCCUUCCCCAGAGAGUGAUGUGUGGGUUGAAACGUUUUAAAAAGGAUUGGCAAAGCUUAGAGUUUUAGCUUUUUAACCAAGCUUAAACAUCUUAAUACACGUUAAGCUUGGUCGUCAAAUGCGUUGCCCGCGGAAUGACCACUUUUGUUUUUUAUCACCUUAUUCACUCUCUCAAAUGUCAAAAUUUCUAUCAAACAUAGAAUUCAUCUGCACGGAUGUAAAACGCACCUAAUUUGUAUCUUGACUUAUGCUUAAAGGAUGUGUAAUUGCAUUCCUUAUGGAUUUGUUUUGUCAAGAAUAAAAUUUAACCGAUUAGUACCCAAGGCAUGUACGAUGUUCACACUUCUGAAGUUACUAACGUACUAAACAUGUUUUCCCCUUGGGGGAGUGGCAGUAUAGAAAAUGAGUUUUGCAUAACCACAAAAUGAAAUUUGAUUCACAUACCAAUUUAGACGUAAUUAUUUUCAAACAGAGCUGUCAUAGGCAUGUAGGCUGCUAUGUUAAUAACUAAUAAGGUGUUGGGGGAAUUUUCGGGGAGAGAUGUGAGAAAAAUGUUAGAAAUCACAUCUGGACAUUCUAUUCUAGUCCAUGCACAAUUUAAUCUUCUAAAACUAAAGUGUGUAUAUAUAGCAUUAUUUUUGUACUGCUUAAUAAUUUAGAACAAACAAAUUGUAAUCCUAUACAAAUUUGCCCCGAAAUUGCGUGGUUUUCCUUUUACUUUGCGAACUAACACGGUCGGCCAUAUGAAUGGCAGACUGUGUUAUCCGAUGAUGUAAUUUGGAGGCAUGUUUGUGUGGAUCAUUGUAUUCUACUUUUACAACAUCUUUCUAACCAUAUGCAUUUGAUAACAAACGGUUACAAACACUUUUUCAAAGACCAAGUCGACCGAUCCAAGGAAACGUGUUCCUUUAACAAAGCAACUAAAUCAUAAAAUGAUUAUCUGUGAAUAAUGAAUGAUAUUAUUACAAAAUUAAUGGUUAUCACUCGGUAAAAUAAAAAUAUAAAAAAAACAACUAAAAAAAACACAUUAUUGGCACUGCCAAGUUAUUUUUGUUUCUUGAGUAGCACAUGAGUAUCAACUCACUGCCAUAUUUGCAAAAAUUCAUUUCAUGUAAUAAGGAAUUUUCAUCACAUUGAGUCUGCGGGGAAACCGUGUCCCAUAUGGUAUUGUUUCCAGCUGCCUAUGUUACUGACUAUGGAGUGCAAUGACUGUAGGUGUACAUCACUAUGUGAACAGCUGGUUCGUCAUUCGCACUAGAUUACAUCAAUGUAACAGACUGUCAUGACACUACUGCAGAAUUGGAGCUGAUAUUUUCUAAUGGUUAAAGGGUGUGCACAGCAUUGGAAGAAUAUAUAAAAUAAAUGCCGACAGAUUCACACUUAAAUUUGCAACUGUAUUAAGGCGGUUCUCGUGAAAAAAUUUUGCCUGAAAUUCUAUAGUUUUUCGAGAAAAUAAGUAACACAAUUAGUUUUGGUGUACAGGUUUUUUCCCUACUGUUUUCUCAUAAACUAUGAUGACCGAUUGAGCCUAAAGGUUUGUUGUUUCAUGUUGGCUGACAUAAAGUGCGGAGACGAGUCUUUGACAAUUUACCAAUGUUGUACAUGCCCUUUAAAAAAUUAUUUUGAAAACUGGCAAAUGAAAAACAUAGUACAAACUAGGUGGUCCUUGAACAGCAUUGUUGUUGGUGUACAGUGUAUGAUGCUGGUAUGGUGUACUUUGUACAUGUCAAUACCACUAGAUUGAUGAAGGGGGGUUACUAAAUGGUGUAUUCAAAACGAGUUUCGGGGGGAGUUCAUGGGUACACUUUUUGUCAAGACUCAAGAUCAUCUAUGGAUCUAUUUGUUGCAGAAAAACAUCUACUCCUGGGACCUUGGACUAUUGAACCUGUGGACCUUUAAUAUGCUGUUAGCAGGACAAUCACCUGACUGCAGUAUAGGUCAAAGUUAUCCGACCUAUAUAGCAGACUGUUAAAUACACGAAGGGCAAGAGUCCUAUCUAUAAGCUUUACUAAGUGCUAAUGUGUUUUAGUUUUCCUCAGGCACUGUCUGCAGCAUUAAUGGCUUUAAUGUGAUCGAACUGUCAGCACAUUCAUGUGGGACUAGCAUUUAUUGAAUUUACUAGUUAAUUAUAAGCAGGUCUGGAAUUACACUUUCAAAAGGUGUCAAUAAACCAUCAUGACCUGGGUAUCUAGACAAGUUCCUAUCACUCUAAAAUGUUGUUCAACCUACACAAACAUUUUCUUUUGGCAUUUAGUGUGGGAUAACCCAAAAAUAGUGCACUGGUAAAUAUGUAAUGCCCUUUUGUUUUGGUGCUUCAUGGUUGCCAUAGUGUUCAGAGUAAUUUUCAUCUUAUCGGUGCCUUUGAGAGAAUGUUAAAGUGCAUGUCAUGUCCCACAUUUAAGACUUUUCAUGGUUCCUGUCUCGAAAACCAAAGCAGCAUUGCAGAGUGAUUUUUUUCGAGACAUUAGUACUAGAAUGAUGGUUACAAGAUGGGCUUGUCUUGGUUUUCUGUGAUUAUCAUAGAGAAAAAAAACAUGUUCCAUAAACGGUUACUUGUUAUUCAAUCUGUGCUUAGAAAUAUUGUGAUGGUACCUAAAGACCUUGUCUUAACAAAAAUGCUCUUUAUUUUAGCACCAAUAUGUACAGUCAUUUACAUAAGUUGAAUGUGAUGUUUAAGAUCUUGCAAGAGCUUUUGCAUUUUUAAGUGUUUGAAACAAAAAUGAUUUGCAAGAAUUGCCUUAACAAAUUAUGAAUGCCUUAUUAGAGGGUGAGUUACUGGGCGAGGAACUUGGGGGGAAAUAUGUACUAAAGGUAUAUCACAGUUGAUUAAACUUAAGUUGCCUGCAUUUGACCAUAUUUUCAGCUUUAGCAAACCAUACAAACAGGCAUUAAUAACUUACAUGCGGAGUCACACCUAUGUUUGAUAAAUGUCUUUAGUACUUGGACAAUAUGAUAACUGUGAGUGAGUCAACUUAUGCAGCAUUUCAGCAUAAAUUAUUAAUAACAAUUUGCAUUCUUGUCGUAGAAUAAAGACCAAGUUCACGGAAUGUUAAAACCUCUAGAUUCGCCAUUUUUCAAUUCCCCUUUAUUUAUUUGAGACCAACUUGUCUAUGAACAAUGUCACAAACUGACUAAUCGUAAAAUGUAAAAAAUGGUUUUAACUAAUACAAUAAACAUGGAAUAAUUCUAGGAUAGCAGGCAAUUGAUGUUCAGUGAUUGUCUGAAAAUUAGCUUGUCUUAAAGGGUUGGGUACUUUUUGUAAGACACAAACAUCCACAGACUUAUAUUAAAAUUAGUCAGUUUAAAGAUAAUGACGGUAAAAAGCUUCCCAUGGUAGAAAAAAUAUUACUUGCUGAGGUCCUGUAAUUGUUGAGGAAUGAGUAAAACAAUUUAAAAAAAAAUCAUUUUCGUCC